UUGCUCGCCCCUACCCCAGCCAUCGUCGCGCCGCCCCAUUCUCCCCGUCCUCGGCACUUCGCUACACGCCCGCCCCAGUCCGACGCCCCCCGUGCUCGGCGACUCCCCCUUCGUCCUCUCGCUGAGGCUGCCUUCGUCCUGCCCCACACCCGCUGCGUCGCCCGAAUCUGUGCUCGCGAUGCCUUCACUUCUCCUCUGCGCCGUCGUUUCCUCUGCAUCACCAGCCAUGCCGCCGACUUGCCUAGGACGGAGCCCGCCCGACCAACCAUUCCAGGCGCCACGCCGUCCCCUCUGCGUCGUCCACUCCGCGGUGUGGUCGGCUGUCUCGGAGCCCUCGCGUCCCCUAGCCCAUGCACCCGCCUCGUAUGCCCCAACUGCCCGAACGCCAUGCCCCCGCCUCGUCGUCCCCUCCGCGCAGCCGCACAAUCGUGGUGUGACCGACCGUGGAGGAGCCCUCGUGUCCCCUAGCCCAACCAGCCAUGGGCCCCAUCGUUUCCCCUUCCACGCAGCCAGGGCCCCCAAAUUUGGCAAUGCACCAUUCCCCCCAACAAGCGCGCUCGAUCUGGCAAUUGCGUGCAUUAUCUCCGUCGCCGAUUUGGAAAGCGCACGAUCUACGACGCUGAUUUGGAAAGUGCCUUGCCAAAUGAUUCCAACACAAAUCCCCCAAAUCGUGCACCCACCAUCAUUAAAAAGGUCGCAAUUGCCAGACUGCUACAACCAUCCUACAACGACGGAAAUCCUUCGCUCACACUCCUCCAGCUUGUACCAGAAGGUUAUGUGUUUGUGCUGGGAGAUAACCACAACAAUAGCUUCAAGUACAAAUAAUCUGAAAAGAUGGUUCCCUACCGUUUCUGCAUAUAGGAAGGUAUAUUUAAUAACAUAAUAUUCCAUUUUACAUUUAUGUUAUUGUAGCUAAAAUCCUGGCUCUGUUGUCAUGAAAGAUCGCUAGGUUACCCUAGAAUCCAGGACAGUACAAGGAAUGCAAAAGGUGGGUUUGUUAAUUGCAACUAGAAUAUAACUUAACCUUUUUAGAGCUGAUUUGGUGACCAGAGAAUUGAAGGGAUCCAUGGUUUUGAAUGGGAAUAGGAUUCCUCCCCCCAUGGUUUCUCUCCAAUUCACUGAUUGUUCAGAAUCCGCUCCAUCUUUUGCUACUAUCAAUUUUUUCCCAUUUCUGUAUCAUUGAAUACUCUGCAUAAGGACUAUUCUGCAGCAGUGAAUCAAAACUUCCAGGCAGCAUGAGUUUUUUUGUUUCAGGUUCGUGAUGCUCAAAAUGAUCAGCAAGCUUUAAAGCUAGACCGAC